GCAAAACAGCUGUUCAGCCAGUCAGUCAGAAUUGAAAAGACAACACGAUUUGUUUGCGUUGCUUAUGGCAGGCUAAUCAGAUUUACAAAAUUGUAUACAAAUGUUUAUUAGUUAGCAGAAGCGUAUUAAAUAACAAAUUGAAAAUGCUGAAGGCACUCAAGCCGGACACAUUUGCCGGUAUCGCCAACGCCAAGUGCGGAGAGGUAUAUUUCCAAAGUCUAAACAGCUAUCGCAUUGACUGUGCCUUCUGUGAUAUGAAGAGCUUUGUGUUUGCCGAUUUUCUGCUGCACAUACAGAACGAGCACUUUGAGAAUGGCCUACUUAAGGCAGAUGUGCUGCUGCCGAAGCAGGAGCAAAUGGACAACAGCACCACAUCAACACAAACCAAUCUGUUUUCUUGGUAUGAAGUGACGACUAAUGAACAUGACUUGGCAGGCUCCAAUGGAAAUGAGUUUAUAGGCGCAACUAAGCAGUUGGCGGACGACAGUGACGAUGACGAUGAUGAGGAGGAUUUGGAGGAUCCCGUUGGCAUUAUGAAAUGGGAUAUGUUGACGGAGCGCCUAUACAAUGAGCACAUUGGAUCGGACGUUGAGAAUUCAGAUGCCAUAGGUCAGCAACAGGAGGCAACACUAAAAGCUACAAAAGAGCAGCUGGUUUGCAUGCACUGCAAUAAGACGUAUCAAAGCAAGAAAUCACUGCAGCGCCACAUGGAGCGACAACAUAAAUAUGCCGAUGCAAACUCAGAAGACGACGUAGAUGUGGACGUGGACGUAGAUUAUGAACCGCCCAAGGUGCAUGCGUCCAAACCAUCCACCAAAUAUAAAUGCGAGCAUUGUGACAAGAUUUAUCAUGGAAAAUAUACAUUACGGCAGCAUGUGAAACGAGAUCAUGACAUCAAUCUGAGCGAUGCCUUUGUCUGCCUUGAGUGUAAUGCGCAGUUGCCACGAUUACGCUUGCUGGACGAGCAUGUGGUUAAGGUGCAUGGUGGUGCGCCUUGUGUAAUAUGUAAUCGUCGCUAUAAGACACGUCACGAGCUAAAGCGCCAUCAGCUAAAACAUACAAAUGAGCGUGAUGUGCCAUGCAGCCAUCCGGGCUGUGAAAAGCGUUUCUUUACCACGCGUCACAUGCGGAACCACAGCAAGGUGCACUCGGAACAGAAGAAUUUUGUGUGCGAAAGCUGUGGCUAUAGCUGCCGCAACAAGGAGACGCUGCGCGUCCACUUGCGCAGCCAUACGGGCGAGCGUCCCUUUGGCUGCAAGGAGUGCGACAAGCGUUUCCCAUCCCAUUCAGGUCUCCGCGAGCAUAUGGCCAUGCAUUCGACGGAACGACCGCAUGUGUGCAAAGUAUGCGGCGCUACCUUUUCUCGCCAGAAGGGACUCUACCAUCACAAGUUCCUACAUGCGGCCACGAAACAAUUUGUGUGUAAGCUCUGUGGCAAUGAAUAUGCACAGGCAGCAGGUCUGGCGGGGCAUAUGCGAAAACAUCGAAACGACGAGCUUAAUGGCUGAAAUCUAUAAUCCAUUAUCUUCCAUUAUAUAGUAUGUUCGUUCUAUUUACUCGUUAUGUUUUUAUUUGUAAGCACU